CUCUCUUUCUCAAUCGAGACCCACCUAUUCCCUCCUCUCUCCGACUCUCUCCUCCAUCUCUGCCAAGAAACUAUUCCCUCCUCUCUCUACUCUCUCCGUCUCUGCCAAGAAAAAAUCCCUCUUAUGUGACUCUCUCAAUCAAAACUUCAUCCCCAAAUCAUUGUUGCACAUAUGCAACCUUGAAUGAAAUCCCCAGCAUCUGAAUGAAAUCCUCUCCCAUUCUUAUAGGAUUUACUGAUCUGGACUGCCGUCGUUGAUUUGUCAUGUUCAGAUUGAUGUACCGCCGGCUAUUCGUCGGCGGAUCUGGAUUCGUCAUCGCUACAGGUAGGAGAAAGUACUGGGUUCGUCGUCAUCGUCGCCUUUCUCCACUCCUCUGCUACCGCCGUCGUCGCCGCCGUUGUGGAGAACCCAGAGGGCGAUUCCCAACAUCUCCUAACAUAGACUCCUCUCGUAGCUUGCAUGUCGCCUCUGCAGCCCAGGAUUACUCCCGAUCCAUUUGAAUCUCCGGCGUAAUCUACUGCACCCUCGCGCGGAGGCUCUCCUCGAUUCUAGAUCUCCAAAUCCGAUUCCUGAGAAAAGGAGUUGGCGCCGAAGAAUCUCUCUCCAACCUGCAGGCAACAACACGGGGACGGGUAACCGGCGCAUUAACCGGCAACCGUUUAUUCGGUAUCCGGUAAACCGACAAUCCCUCGGUAUCGGUAGUCGGUAGUAGUUUGCCCAACUUUGGUAUACCGGUAACCGGCUUAUCGGUAUCCGGUUAUACCGAUACCGACCGUUUACCACCCCUAACCGCGUCGGUCUUCCCACGCCUGGCCAAGGCGACGUCGUUGCCCACAUUCCAUCUCCAUCUGAUCGCGAAUCACGAUUAAAGACAAACAAGGGAAGCAAAUCGCGUCGAGAGAGAGGAACCCUAAAUCUGACCCUCCCCAAAAAUUGCUCCCGCCGCCCCACCUCCUCUGAUUUCUGUAGUAUAGAUCUAGCUGAGAUGAUAAUAUUGGAUGAGCUUCCCUUUUGAUAUGUCGAGCAUGAAUGGUUUAGACGAUUUAUGGCAUUGGCACAUCCCUUGUUUGUGAUACCUGGUAGGCUUACUAUUAGAGGAGAUUGUUAUUGUAUCUUCCUUGAAAGAAAAGAUAUCCUGAGAGAUUUCUUUGUCACAAAAUGCAAAGGAAGAGUAUCGAUAACCACAUAUACAUGAACUUCUAUACAGAAUAUCGAUGAGAAGUGAUCAUACUUGUAGGGGAUGACUAUAAUUCAUUAGAUGGAAAAACAUCUUUAGUAAUUUCAAAUACAUUUAAGCACAUACCAUAACUAUUUAGCAUUGAAAUGUAUCAAAUUUGGAUGACUAAUCAUGUAGCAAGUAGUAAGCAUAUUAAGGCAAAACAUCUGAAUACAUUCCCACCCCACACAUUAAAAUGGACAUUGUCAUCAAUGGACUAAAACAUAGUGAUCCAUGUUAAGGUUGGAAUGAGUUACCUUGAAUUUUGUUGUCUGAAUUCAUAGUUCAUAAUAGCUAAUUCUACAUGAUUGCACAAGACGACUCGAAAUAUUCGAAUUAAAAUAAAAGAUAAAUAGCUUCCUCAAAGUCUUGAUACUUCUAGAUGUUGGGUCGUGGUGGUCCACUGUUGGGAAAAAGAGGAUGUGGAACUUCCUGCCAAAGUCCUCCAUCCACGAAUGGCCCCACUGUUGUUCUGCCUCCAUCCUUUGGCGCCAAGUUUUAGUUUCCUCAAGUUCUGUCUGUGAUAGACCAUUAUUUGUACAUGUUUUGACCACCAUUCUUGAACCGUUUGAGAGUCGAUUCUCGUGUUUGAAGCCGAUUUCACGCUAGGUUGUUCGUUUAUGUCAUAUUUCAGGACUUGGCAAAAAGUGGCGAGUUGGAGCUAGAGGAGCAGGAAGGCAAAAGUACCCGGUCAGGCAUUGAAAUACCCAACCGGGUAAAGCUGUUUGGGAGGUCGGGAGAGCAGAAGGGGACCCGACCGUGACGCUUAAAUACCCGAUCGGGUAUUCUGACCCUCGAUCGGGUAUCGCGAUCUGCUCCUUUUCAAGCAAAGUUGGCCUCUUUUGAGAGGGAUCCGAGUUAUAGAGAAAGAAAGCAAAAACCUAGAGAGAGAGAGAGAGAAAGAGAGAGCGACGAACAGAACUUCCAAGUGCCCUAGAUCGAGAUUCAACACCAUUAGAGCUCGGUUGAAACUUGGAGAAGUGUCGAUUGGUUACCAGAAGUUGAUUUUCAUCCUUCACAGAAUGAUUUCCGCAUCUGAAACUGAUUUCUCUUCUCUCUCUAUGGAGUAAACUCUCUCACUCACCUAGGUAUGAAGAACCCUAGAUUUGUGUGUUAGGUUUGGUUGUAUGAACCCAAGUUCAUGUUCUUUGACAUCGAUUAUACUCAAUUGAGGCAUGGUUUUCUGAAUUGCAUGAAUCCUAAUCAAAUUCCUGUAGUUCC